CAUAAGAGGCGGGGUGUCCCCAGCGCCCCCAGCAGUGCCAUGCCGAGCCGGGCGGGGCAGGGCAGGGCCGGGGCGAUGGAGGAGCGCUACAGCAAGGCGGAGACCCUCGCCCUGCGCAGGAAGCACAUCGGGCCUUCCUGCAAAAUGUUCUUUGCCAAGGACCCUCUGAAGAUAGUGCGUGCUCAGGGCCAAUAUAUGUUUGAUGAGAAAGGAGAAAAAUAUUUAGACUGUAUCAACAACGUUGCACAUGUCGGUCACAGUCAUCCAGAAGUGACAAAGGCUGCAACAAAACAAAUGGAACUGCUCAAUACAAAUUCCCGGUUCCUGCAUGACAACCUUGUUCAUUACGCGCAGCGUCUUACAGCCACCCUACCCAAGAAACUCUCUGUUUGCUAUUUUGUUAACUCUGGGUCUGAAGCAAAUGAUCUUGCUUUACGACUGGCUCGGCAGUACCAUGGGCACCAAGAUGUGAUCACCCUUGAAAAUGCUUACCAUGGCCAUGUUACAUCUCUGAUUGACAUCAGUCCCUAUAAAUUUAAUCAGCUGGGAAAGGACAGAAAGAAGGAGUUUGUGCAUGUGGCUCCUUCUCCGGAUAUCUACAGAGGGAAAUACAGGGAAGAUUACCCAGAUCCAGCAAGUGCUUAUGCUGAAGAGGUGAAAAAGAUUAUUGAAGAAACACAGAAGAAUGGACGCAAGAUUGCUGCCUUCAUAGCCGAAUCCAUGCAGAGCUGUGGAGGCCAAGUAAUUCCACCUGUGGGAUAUUUCCAGAAAGUGGCAGAGUACGUGCGUGCCGCAGGUGGGGUGUUCAUUGCUGAUGAGGUCCAGGUUGGCUUUGGCAGAGUUGGGAAGCAUUUUUGGGCAUUCCAGCUGCAAGGUGAAGACUUUGUGCCAGACAUUGUCACCAUGGGAAAGCCCAUUGGCAAUGGCCACCCUAUGUCUUGUGUGGUCACAACAAGGGAAAUUGCUGAAAGUUUUGGUGCUUCUGGACUGGAGUAUUUCAAUACAUUUGGAGGCAAUCCAGUGUCUUGUGCUAUUGGUUUGGCUGUGCUGGAGAUAAUAGAAGAAGAAGAUCUCCAAGGAAAUGCUACACGAGUAGGAAAUUAUCUCCUGGAGUUGUUGGCUGAGCAAAAGGAGAAACAUCCCUUAGUGGGAGAUAUCAGGGGUGUUGGACUGUUUGUAGGGGUGGAUCUGGUGAAAGACCAAGAAAAGCGAACACCAGCCACUGCUGAAGCCCUUCAUCUCAUUUACAAGCUGAAGGAGCAUCACAUCCUUCUUAGUGCAGAUGGACCCCACAGAAAUAUACUAAAAUUUAAACCACCAAUGUGUUUCACAAUGGAAGAUGCAAAACAUGUAGUGGAGACACUUGAUGAACUUCUCACAGAAAUGGAAGAGGCAACUGGAAUGAAGACAGAAAAGAAUGCAUCUGCGAAUGCAGAGUGUAAAAUAAAAACAACUGAAGAGAGUUCUCAACCAGAAGGUGCAAAUGAAACCAUUGGCCAUAUGAAUGGAGCUGCCUGCAGACAAGAAGAUGGUCUUUAUUCUAAAAACCACUCACUGCCAAGUGAAAGAAUAAGAACAUGAAGUGGGAAGGUUCCCUCAUUCAGUUUGAAUGUGUGUCCCAGUCUUGCUUUUGAGAUGAAGAGUGCAAUAGUCGGAGCCCUAGGAUCUGUUUGAAGCCUAGUCCUACCUUCCAUAAACUGGCUGAAUUUGUAUUAGCUAUACAUUAGGAGUUUAAAAUACCUUUUCAGAUAUGAGAGCUGCACCAUGUAAAAUCUAGAUGUGACCAAAUGGAAUAUUUUGUGAUAUGCAAAUACCUUGGUGCUGAUGGCAGGCUUGACAUAGGUACAGUACACAAACUCGGUGAAAUCUGUGGAUCUACCCAUAUUACACAGAAUCUGAAUUGCUUAACCACCAUACAAGGAAAUGUCAAUCCUAUCAAUUUUAAAAUUAUAUGCUUAACAUGCUAUUUUUACAGUAUUUUAAAUUUCAAUAUGUAAUAUUGAGAUGUUAAUUACUUCCCAUGUUUUAAUGGCUGAAUUCACAAAACAAUGCUUGAGAGAAAUUAUUAUUAUCUUCCAAUGUAACUUAGGUCCUAUGGACUAUGUUGCCAGCUGAUGUGAAUUGGGGUAGCUUCGUUAAUGUCAAUGACACUCUACCAAGAGUUUACCACUGUGUGUGUAAAGAGAAGAUGUUUAUGCAGGGUAUUCUCACCUUAUGUUCAAAGAAAAUGAAGAAUCUGGAUGCUGAUUUUCUAUGGGUAAAGGAACUUUUAUAGGUAACUAUUUAUAUGGAGUAAGAUUUUAUGAGUAUUGUUUUUCCAAAAGUUUAUAUAUGGAAUACUCUCGGUCCAAAAAAUAGGCAAGUAGAAUAGACUUGGCUGACUUGCCUCCUUAUCAGUGUUAAAUUUCAACAAGAACACACAAGUCCUGCUUUUCUUUUUUUUAAUACAUGCACAACUCUAUGCUAUGGAUGACACUGAGGGCUUUACAAAUGGUUUCUACUUCAGAGGAAAAAAAAAAAGACAAAAUGUAUCUCCUCUUCAAUUUUAAUACCCUAAGUUCUGCUGUUUGUAAUUGCUGCUAAUGAUCCUGCUGAUGUGACUGGAAAUUGAACACAUUACCUAAUUCCAUGGUUUCCACGAUGUGCUAUAUUAAUAUUGAUGUUUCUGGUGUAACAUUUUCCAACAUCCUUAAGCUGGAUUAUUUUCUGUUUCAUGAUACUUGAAUAAUUCUUCCAUCAAAAUAAAUCUCUUAUUUGUAAUUA